UUGAUUGACCAUGAGAAGGAGUUUGACAGUGUGGAUAGGAGGACAAUAUGGAAACUUCUUCGACACUAUAGAGUGAGCGACUGAGAAGGUUGUCAACAUCAUCCGUAAUUCAUACGACGGACUACAGUGCAAAGUAUUGCAUGGAGGACAGCUGACAUGCAUUCGAAGUGAGGAACGGAGUCAGACAAAGUUGCUUACUCUCCUCCUUCCUCUUUCUUACUGUGUUCGACUGCAUUAUGAAGACCACAUCUGACGGGAAUCAUGGAAUACAAUGGACAGGUUAGAUGCAACCAGGCGAUUCGGGCUUUGCAAAUGACCUAGCUUUUCUGUUCCAUGCACACCAACAAAUACAGGCGAAGACAGCCAGUAUAACUGGCGGUAGAUAAAGCACACAUUGUAGAAAUCACCAAAGUGUAGCAUGAGUCAUGUUCCAACUUAUAAUCCCAAAGGGAAAAUAAAAAAUGGAAGACCAAAGAAAACAUUUUGUCGAGAAUUGAAGGCAGUCAUCAAAAGAAUAAAUAACAACUAGAAACAACUGUAAAGGAUUGCCCAAGACAGAGUUGUUCCGAGAAUGCUGACUGGCGGCCUGUGUUCUUUUACUGGAAGUAAUAGACAAACAAGAAUUUAUUUAUGUUACCAUAUAAUCGGUUAUUAUUUUAUCCAUAUAAUGGACCAUUUUAUAAACCAUUAUGGAAAUUAUCUAAACCAUAUUAUUAUUUUUCACAAUAUGGUUUCCCUAAUCCAUCCCAUCAAUCAUUAUCAUCUAGAAUAAAUAUGAAAUUUAUCAUCAAUGAUAUAUUGAUUAUUAAAGAAUCAACUCAUAAUUUAACAAGAAAAUAUAUUCUAAUAGAAAAUUUCACAUUAUUUGAUUUAUAUUCUAAUUUAUUAUCAAAAUUUGCUAAUGAUAUUAAACAAUAUAAAAAGGAAACAUUUACAAUUGAUGAUACUACUGAUAACAAUGAUAAGAGUAGUAUAAGUAGUAACAUGAUGAAUUCUAUGAAUAUUAAACCUUCAAUGAUGAACAAUUAUGAUGGGAACCAAAUGGAUAAUGAGAAAAUGACAAAUACAAUGGUGUAUACACAUGACGAGGAUGAUGAUGAUGAUGAUGAAGAUGAUGAUGAUCAGAAUGAUAGAAUAACUAAUGUUAUUUUAGGUGAACGACUUCAACCAAGAAUGUUUCUUCCUUUAUUUAUUGAUAUUUAUAGAAUAUUUAAAGCUAUUAAAGUACAAUGUGGAAAUACCUGUAAAGAUUAUAUACCAGAUUAUCAAUAUGUUCUAUGGAUGUAUAAUUGGGUUAUUUGUACACAAUUAGGACCAAAACCUAAAAAUGAUAUUGAUGGAAUAUGUCCUAAAAUUUGUCGUCCACGUGAAGAUAUAAUAAAAAAUGAUUUUAUUCAACAAAUUAUUAAUUUAACUUUUAAACCAAUUAAUAUUAUUAAUCCAUUCGAUGUUUGUUCACAAUUACUUCAUACAAUAUCUGGUUCAUGUUUAGUACAUGGAAAUGGUGUAUAUGUGAAUGAGUUCACAUGUCAAUGUAAAUCAAAUGCAUAUUAUUGGCAAACUAUCAAUUCAUUAACUGGUUGUUUAUUAAUACCAGAAAUUAUAAAUAGUAAAUUUAAAAAUGUCUCCAUGACAACAUGGUUUAUUGAAUGUACUCAUGAUAUGUAUCAAUUUUGUCAAUAUGGUACAAAAAAAUGUUAUCAACGUUUACGUUUAAUUCCAUCUAAUUAUCAUAAUAACAGUAAUGAUAAUAAUGAAUUAACUUUAAUUUCAAAUAUUGAUAUAUCAUUAUGGCCAUAUUGUUUAUGUAAACAAGAUUUUACUGGUAUUGAUUGUUCUAUACCAUAUGAUCCAUGUCAACAUCUUAUAUUGAAUGUUUUAAUAAAAUCACAAAUAUUAUUACAUAAUCAAUUAGUUUAUUAUAAUGAUAUUGAUCGUCCAUUAAUAUCACUUAAUGCUGAUGAUGAUGAUGAUGGUGAUAGUCAUAGUGAUUAUCUUAAAUCAGCUACUGGUAAUUGGUUAUGUGGUGUUCCAUUUGGUUAUGGUACAUGUCAUUCUUCUUCUUCUUCUUCUUCUACUGGCUUUCAAUAUUAUUGUCAAUGUAAUAUCGGUUAUGAAAAAGAUGUAAAUUACAGUGAUAUGGAUAAUUGUUGGAAACAAACAGAACAAAUAGUAAACAAUCAUGAAACUGUUUAUAAAUGUGAUCAAAAUAUUUGCUUAAAUGGUGGACAAUGUAUUUAUGCAAUGAAAGGACUUGUAACUUAUAUUGAUCAAUAUAACAAUGAGAUUACUGUUAGUAAUGAUAAUAAUCAUAGAUAUAAUCAAGUGCCAAUAUGUCAAUGUCAACCAGGUUAUACUGGUUUCUAUUGUGAAUUAAAAGAAGGUGUAUGGAGUGAAUGGAAUUCAUGGAGUGAUUGUCUACCUAAUUGUGGUAGAAAACGUUAUCGUUCACGUUUACGUUUAUGUCAUGGAGAUGUUGAUUGUACUGGAUUCAGUCAAGAAAUUCAAAAAUGUCUAUCAAAAAAAUGUAUCACAGGAUCAUUGAAUAAAUCUAACCAUAAAUCAAUUCAAUGGAAAAUAUUUACUGUAAAGCAUUAUUUAAUAUGGUUUCUAGGAUGUUUAAUACCUAUAGAGAUAGUAAUUAUUAUUUUAGGUGUUAUUAUAUAUGAAAAUUAUCUACUUAAAACAUCUUCAUUGUCUUCAACAUCAUCAUCAUUAUCGUCAACAUCGUCAUUUUCAUCUCCACCUUCCUCAUCAUCAUCAUCAUCAUCAUCGACUUCAUCGUGA